AUGUCGGACACAUGGAGCGACAUCCAGGCGCAUAAGAAGCAGCUGGACUCCCUGCGAGAACGGCUCCAGCGGCGGCGGAAAGAACCGUCGACACCUCUGGCAGCCGAGGUUGGCGCAAGUGCAGACGUUUCAUUAUCCAGAAGCGACAGCCCGGUAGCAUCAGCGCCGUGUGGCACGCGGGAGGAAACUGAGAAACCUCCGGACCCCGAGCUGGAGAAAAGGAUGCUGGCCUAUUUGUCAGAUCUGAGUCUCUCUCUUCCCAAGGACUCCCUCGCCAUCACCAAAGAACUCAACGGAUCGGAGACUGCCAUCGCUCACGGAUGCAUACAGAGUCUCUUGCUGAAGUUCUCCGCCCAGGAACUCAUCGAAGUCCGGCAGUCGGCUUUAUCCUCGUCGUGUACGACUGUGGUGGUCGCGGUGGAUCACACCAAACUCUGGGCUAUGAUCGGAUCGGGCGCCGGCGCACCACGGACAGGAGUCAAGAGAAAAAUAGAGGAGCAAUCCCAGCACACCAGAAGUCCGGGCUUCUCGCCCUCGUCGCAAGGGGCCGCUUCACCUCCCCGACCCACCGCCGUCCCCUCUGUUCUGCCGGCGUCAUCUCGGCAGAUGUCGGGGCCGCCCUGCGUGUCAGGGAGCGGCGCUGACAAGAAGGGCAGAAGCGGGAAAAGCCAAUCGUCUCACUUGGACAUGGAAAUCGAAAGCCUCCUCAACCAGCAGUCCACGAAAGAACAACAGAGCAAGAAGGUGAGCCGAGAAAUCCUGGAGCUGCUCAACGCCAGCACGGCCAAGGAGCAAUCCAUCGUGGAGAAGUUCCGCUCGCGGGGCCGCGCUCAAGUACAGGAGUUUUGCGACCACGGGACCAAAGAGGAGUGCGUCCGUUCGGCCGAUACGCCUCAACCCUGCACCAAGCUCCACUUCCGCCGCAUCAUCAACAACCACACGGACGAGAACCUGGGCGACUGUUCCUUUCUCAACACGUGUUUCCACAUGGACACCUGCAAGUACGUCCACUACGAGAUCGACAGUCCCCCGGAAGCCGAAGGGAGCCCGGCGGGGGUCCAGCCCGGGACGGCCGAGCUGGGGCUUUGUGGCGGGGACUCGGACAGCAACGUCGGCAAGCUCUUCCCCGCUCAGUGGAUCUGCUGCGACAUCCGCUACUUGGAUGUUUCCGUCCUGGGCAAGUUUGCCGUGGUGAUGGCCGACCCGCCCUGGGACAUCCACAUGGAGCUGCCUUACGGGACGUUGACUGACGACGAGAUGAGGAAGCUCAACAUUCCUGUUCUCCAGGAUAAUGGCUUCCUCUUCCUCUGGGUCACUGGCAGGGCAAUGGAGUUGGGCAGGGAGUGUCUCAGUCUGUGGGGCUAUGAACGUGUCGAUGAAAUCAUCUGGGUGAAGACCAACCAACUUCAGAGAAUCAUCCGCACAGGAAGAACGGGACAUUGGCUGAACCACGGGAAGGAACACUGCCUGGUGGGCGUCAAAGGUAACCCUCAGGGAUUCAACAGAGGCUUGGACUGCGACGUCAUCGUAGCUGAGGUUCGAUCCACCAGUCACAAACCGGACGAGAUCUACGGAAUGAUCGAAAGACUCUCGCCAGGAACCAGGAAGAUCGAGCUGUUUGGUCGACCGCACAACGUCCAACCUAACUGGGUCACGCUCGGUAACCAGCUUGAUGGAAUUCAUCUCCUCGAUCCAGAGGUGGUGGCCCGCUUCAAGGAACGCUACCCGGACGGCGUCAUCUCCAAACCUAAGAACAUGUAG